GAGCCGAGUUAAAAGCGGGUGUUCAGACACCCCCCCCCCCCCCCGGCCCGGCGCGGAAGUCUUGGAGCACCGUCCCGGCGCGGGUUAAGACAAUCAUUUGUUGUGGAUAACCAGGUGUUUUUCUUCAGCGCUCCCCUUUGCCUCAGUCACGUCUCUGAACGUGGCACCCGUGCAUCACAAGACGCGCUUACCACAUUAAACUUUACUGUCCCUCAUCAGCACUCGUUGGCUUGGUGUGAGACCCCUGCCCUAUGGCCGAGACAGCCGCCAGCCCACCGCGCGGCGCACCCCUCCUCAGCGGGCGGGGUAGUGCAUCACGCGCUCCCCGCCCACACCCUCCCUCCUUCCCGAGUUCGUGUCACGAGGCCAGUGGCGCCAGUGGCGAGGGGACAUUCUCUUUAGACAUGCUGUCCGGUGAGUUCGGGACGGGUGCCGACUGCCGGGGCGGCGACCUCGGAUGGGGCACGGCUAGGGGACGGACGGAGCACCGGCAUUGUCAGCCUGCGGGCAGUCUGCGGUCGGCCCGGGUGGGGUACCGGGUGUCGUAAUGGGAUAUUUUGACACUGCGGCUCGCCGACCAGUGGUCUCUGGAGCUCGCCAGGACGGCAGGUCAGUCCUGACGGCCGCGUAUGUGGCCACGUGACGGUAGUGUGGGCUGCUCAGUUUAUUUUAAAUGUUAUGCCAAAUUAGAUGUCGCUGCUACGGGACCACACACUUCUGUCUUCUGACUUACAUACUUUGUUUGUUAAUUUGUUGUCUGGUUUGCUAUGCACCGUCGCGUCUCUGUCUUCAUCUGGACUGUCGGCGUGUCUUCCGGCAAGUUCCGGCGCCAUUAGCUCCAUCUCCAAAUUCACACCUGGACCGGUGUUCCCGCUGCGUCGGCGAAAUCUGACCUUGAAUGACCUCUGGUGACCUGACCUUGGAACUGACCGAAAAAGUGACCAAAGUGGUUUCGUCAUUAUUAUUGACACUCUUUCGAACGCCGCUUUCCGCGUAGUGCAACGUGCCCCAGCAGCCGAGGCAGAAGGGUGUUUUAACACCCCCCAGCAGGGCAUGGAAAUCCCGGACCCCAGCGGGGCGCGGGUUAUUCGUGGCUAUUGUAAUGGUGUGUUGUCCCUCCCCCCCCCCCUCCUGUGUGAUAACGUAACGGUGACGAGACGGAGUGGCCCUCCCCUCCUCGCAUGGCUGGGUAAUGACGCCUCCCCCCUCUGUGUUACCGGGUGGUGACGACUGACGGUGGCGGAACAAUGGGACGUCUCCUCCCUGCUAGAGCGGGCACGUCAGCAGCGAUCCGUGGACGUCACCCACUGCCACCAGCAGUCGUCUCGCCCCCACUCGGUGUUCACGCUGCGCCGGGAGGAGCGCAGCGAGCUGACACGGCUCACUGUACCUGGUCGACCUGCUCCGGCUCCGAGUCCGCAGCGCAGGGCGACCGGCUCACCGAGACAAACAAUAUCAACUAUAACGUUUACAGUGACGGGCAAACUUAAGAAAAACGAACUAUAGUCGCUGGCCACUGGCCAGUCUGGGCAGCGUUAUCAUGGCGCUGGGAAAUACGGACCACGUGCCGUUCCGCGACUCCAAGCUGACGCACCUGCUGCACCACUCACUGGACGGCAACAGCAAGACGCUGAUGCUCGUGAACAUGUCGCGGCGCGAGGACGGCGCCGGCGAGACGCUCAACUCGCUGCGUUUGGCCGGCCAGGUCAACCACUGUCUUAUCGGCACCGCCACGAAACCUACCCGGCUGGCCAAUGGCAGUGCACCACGAAUUCGGUACGGCUGAAACAUUACAGCUCUACAACACGCCACUGAUCUUCAUACACCGAACAUCGGGCUUCAGUACAACGUCACUCUGCAGCAGAAAUAAGUGAACGGGAGGAUCGCCACCGAACGCCUUCGACCAAACAUCGCGCCUCACCAAAACGUUACUUUGAAGCUGAAAAAGUGAGCUAGAGGACAAGUGAUGUCACGUUAUGACAACUUGAGUGCCCGUGAAGGCGAUGGCAGGUGCGGUGCUGUCUAUGGAGGUGAGUAUUGAAUAAACGUAUCUCAUGCACUGGGCAAAUAUGAUGUGGAUAUUGAGGUGUGUAUUGAAUAAACAACGUAUCUCAUGCUCGGGACACAUGUGAUGUGUCCAUGGAGGCGUGCAUUGAAUAAACUUAUCAGUCGGGGGAGGUUUGGUCAAUCGUUGUCAUUCUUAGCACGUGCUAUUUUUGUCACACGUGCCAAAAAUGGCAACGGUUCUGUUAUUUUUGACAACGGUGAAGCCGAUUUCACUCCUCAGCGAGGAAAUCACGAUUUUGGAAAUACAAGCACUGAUUUUGGAAAAGAAGUGCUGCCACCUGGUGCAAGAAUAAUAAACCAGCUGUAAUACGGGCCGUUGUAUGGUAAUUUCUUUUGUGGCCUGAAGUUCGAACUUAAAAACUACUGUUACGUGUCAUGUUGUGCCGAACUACGACCAUGUCGUACGCAACUAAAUCAUCGUGUCGGUCGGAACUCUGCUUCAGGGCGAAUUAAGCGGUUUUCUGCGAUGCAUCAUUCGUUUAAAAUAAAAUAGCAUGUCAUU